AGGCGGGGUUUGUGAGAGCACGGGUUAUGGGGACAUGUUUAAUCCAGAGCAGGAGAGCUGGAGGGGUAGGAAAUUAAGGAAUACUGCUCUUAGACAAAACAUGGCUGGUAAGAUUCAGGUCCUGACUUUGGAGGAGAGGGAGCAGCUCCUCCCCAUGCUCCGCAAUGCACAGUGGGCUGAAGUGGUGGGCAGAGAUGCCCUCUAUAAGGAGUUUGUUUUCAAAGACUUUAACCAGGCCUUUGGGUUCAUGUCUAGAGUCGCACUACAGGCUGAAAAAAUGGACCAUCAUCCUGAGUGGUUCAAUGUUUACAAUAAGGUUCACAUCACUCUGAGCACACAUGAGUGUGGAGGAUUGUCGAAGCGUGACAUUUCACUUGCUACUUUCAUUGAUCAAGUCUCAGUGUUGUGAGGAUGACUCCCUUUCUUUUUGGCACAAACAGACCAGACCCCUUAUGUCUCACACUGCUGAAUUAAAAAUAUUUAGUAAGUGGGGUUUCCAGAUACAAACUAAUCCAAACCCACACUGAAAAUCUUUGAUGGUGUGUUACACAGACAGUAUCAAUAAAACCACAGGAUACAUUAUCUGUAAAUUAAUAAUCCUAUGUUUAUAAUAGAUAGGAUGGUCUCAUGUCUUAUAGAUAUAACCCAGUAUCUACUCUGCCCUGAAAAGUAUUGUGCCUUUAUUUUCUAUACAGUGUGCACAGGGUAUUGCUGUCCUUACAAAUUCAACUUUGUAGAGUGUCUCAAACAUUGUGAUGGUUAAACUGGGCAACUCUUUCCAAAAUAAAGCAGAACUUUUCACCCA